AUGUCAGGCAUGACGAGAGUUGUAAUCAUUCAAGAUGUUAACAUUACGCAAAAAUACCAGGAAUUAUUACGUAAACUCGAGACAAUGGGCGGUGAAAAAGUCGGACGACAUGUAGUUCAUUGUCGUCUCUUUCAUCGGAAGAUGCUCACAGAUGGCUACAUGAAUCAACGGAUGUUCAUGCUUCGAAUGUCACAGAAUGAUGACCUCGUGUACGCUGUACUGGCUAAUGAAAAAGCUCAUGGCUUGGCACCCAAUGAUAAUGGACUGGAGGGACUUAUGGCAGACUGUUCACUGCUAGAAUGUGGACUAGAUGGAGCCAAUAUUUUACAGCAGGUGGAGAUUUAUGCCUUUAAAUCGGACGGACAAUUUGAAGGUACACAGUAUAUUGUCGGGGAUUUUGUGGUAAGCGUCUGUACGUUCAUGUCCCGCAAUAAUCAGCCUCGAGGUCUCAUCAUUGAGGUGCAGUACUCACCGUGCUACACCGUGUCGCAUGUGGAUACGCUGAUUGACGAGUUCUUGAGCAACUGCACCUCGCACGACCAUCUGCGCAAACCCGUGGAAAAUAUGACUGCACUGUUUGAAAAAGCAGGGCUGCCAAACAGUGAGUACAGUCUCAAACACACGGCAUUGCAGUACGUUGCAGCGUUCAAUAUCCUGCGCAAAUUCGAAAAGUAG